GGCCGAGCCCACAUCAAUAAAGUGGGUCCGUUAUAUUCCGCGAGAAAGAUAAUUAGAAGAGAAUAUAUCUUCAUCUAUCUCUCUCGCUCACUCUUUGCUCGAUCGUUCAAUCUGAAAGAAGAGGAAGAACCUCAAAGAGUUUAGGAAGGAGAUAUGGGGAAAGACGGUAAAGCUGGUGGGAAGGGUAAGGGAAAGCAAGCUGGUGGUGGCAGUGAUGAAGCGUCCUCCAAGGGUAAAGGCAAAGCUGGGAAAGCUGCUGAUGGUCUAGGAACAUGCACUUAUGUUAAAGCGAGACAUGUUUUGUGCGAAAAGCAAGGGAAGAUCAACGAGGCAUACAAGAAGUUGCAGGAUGGCUGGUUGAGCAACGGAGACAAGGUUCCUCCUGCUGAGUUUGCAAAGAUUGCAGCAGAGUACUCGGAGUGCCCAUCAGGGAAAAAAGGAGGAGAUCUUGGAUGGUUCCCAAGAGGAAAGAUGGCUGGUCCUUUCCAAGAUGUCGCCUUCAACACACCUGUUGGUGUCACUAGUGCACCUUUCAAAUCUACGCACGGAUACCACAUCAUCUUGUCGGAAGGAAGGAAAAACUGACAGAUUACAUCUCUGUUCUGCUCUGGUCUAGUCUUGUGGAUGUCACUUGCUAGUUGUUACUGUAACCUAUAUAUAAAAACACACAGCCUUUGUUGUUCUGGCCAAAAUGUUUGCUACAAGUUGUUAACGAAUCUUCUCUGUUGUUUUGAAUAAUGAAUUCCUGAAGGCUGUGAGAUUCA